AGGUGAGCCCCUCAUCCCCAACAUUAUGCCACACUCUUCCUUCGGGAGAUCCUCUGUGCCCAAAAUCUCCUUGAUUUCUUUUGUGUGAUAAUACAGAGAUCAUAGGAUUUGGGAUAUAGUGGGAAUAUGAAAAUGAGCUACAGUUGAGAUCUGACAACUCUCUGCUUAUAAAUAUCCACCUCCACUUCUACUCCAGCAUCAGAAAUCAUCUCUCUUCCACUCGCAAAUAUAAUUCUGUUCUCUUGAAAGGAGGUUUCAUUUUACGUUUUGUUCCAAUAGUUUCCUCGUCUUCUCUAUCUCGAGUCUUUUAGAGUUCUAUAGUGCUCUACUUUCCCUGUUUCUUCACGACUGCAAAUCCAUUUGCAAUUUCUUGGAUAGCAACUCAAAAUCCAUAAUUGACAUUAUUUCUUGGAGGUGAAGAUAAAGCACUUACUUGGAACUGCAGAUUAGGAGACAAAGGUAUGGGCGGCAUGGUGGGCCGAACCCUGGAAACCCCAUCGCCGGCGGCAUUUCCCCAAGAGUUCAGCUCCUCUCCACUGGAUAUCCUCCUCUGCGGGACGAAGAUAAAGCAUGUCCCCGAGAGUGAAGAUAAAGAAUUUCUUGGAGGUGAAGAUAAAGCACUUACUUGGAACUGCAGAUUAGGAGACAAAGGUAUGGUCGGCAUGGUGGACCGAACCCUGGAAACCCCAUUGCCGGCGGAAUUUCCCCGAGAGUUCACCUCCUCUCCAUUGGAUAUCCUCCUCUGCGGGACGACGCCGCUCCGGGCCGUCCGCUCCGCUGCAACGCUGUCCAUCGGCUCCUCCGUCUACCAUCGCCAGGCGGAGCUCCUCCGUAGGUUCAGCACCCAUUACCACCAUUGCGGCGCGUCCAAGGACGCCGUCGCCUCAGCGGCGGAGACGGGGGAGAAGCGGAAGGUCUACCGGGGGGUGCGGCAGCGGCACUGGGGGAAGUGGGUGGCGGAGAUCCGGCUGCCGCAGAACCGGACGCGGAUCUGGCUGGGGACCUACUACUCGCCCGAGUCGGCGGCGUACGCGUACGACCGGGCGGCCUACAAGCUCCGCGGGGAGUACGCGCGCCUCAACUUCCCGGCCCUGCAGGACGCCGGCGACUGCCCCGAGCGGCUACGGCCGCUGCAGUCGGCCGUGGACUCCAAGAUCCAAGCCAUCUACCAGCGCCUCGGGCGGCGCCGUGGGGCCAUGCGGGACGCGGCGGUUGGCAAGAAGGAGAAGUCGGCGGAAGAGAAGAACAGGAGGAAGACGAAGAAGAACAGGGUUUCGUCACCGACGACGUCGUCGUCUUGUGCGCCUGCGUCAUCAGAGAGCUUGGCAGGCGAAAUGGACGGCGAGUGUUCGUUCGCGCUGUUGCCAUCCUACGAUCCAGAACUAAUCUGGGAGGUGCUCGCUAACUAACCAACAUGGACGUCCGCUCUCUCUCUCUCUCUCUCUCUCUCUCUCUCUCUCUAUAUAUAUGUAUAUAUAUGUAUAUGUAUAUAUAUGUAUAUA